GAUGGGAAAUCAUCAUUUAGUUAGCUCGCUUUUAGCUGGGGUUCAACAGCGAGGUGAAGGGACUACUACCUUAAUUCAUUAGGUUAUUUUUUUGAUAGAUACAACGAUGACCCUCUAACAACAAGAAUGGACAUAAGUUAACAAUGACGGGGGAGAAAAAGAAGAAAAAGCGGCUGAACCGCAGCAUUCUUCUUGCAAAGAAAAUUAUAAUAAAAGAUGGAGGCAGUCCUCAGGGAAUCGGUGAGCCCAGUGUUUACCAUGCUGUUGUGGUCAUCUUCCUUGAGUUCUUUGCAUGGGGUCUCCUCACCACCCCGAUGCUCACGGUACUGCACCAGACAUUCCCCCACCACACAUUCCUGAUGAAUGGGCUUAUUCAUGGUGUCAAGGGCCUACUAUCAUUUCUGAGUGCUCCGCUGAUUGGAGCAUUGUCAGACGUAUGGGGACGCAAGUCUUUCCUGCUGCUAACGGUCUUCUUCACAUGCGCACCCAUCCCUCUGAUGAAGAUCAGCCCAUGGUGGUACUUUGCAGUCAUCUCCAUGUCUGGUGUCUUUGCUGUCACCUUCUCUGUGAUCUUUGCCUAUGUGGCAGACAUCACGCAGGAGCAUGAGAGGAGCACAGCAUACGGUUUGGUGUCGGCUACCUUUGCAGCCAGCCUGGUGACCAGCCCAGCCAUCGGGGCCUAUCUGUCAGUAGCAUACGGUGACACCUUGGUUGUGAUCCUGGCCACAGCCAUCGCCCUGCUGGACAUCUGCUUCAUCCUGGUUGCCGUACCAGAGUCGCUGCCUGAGAAGAUGAGGCCAGCAUCAUGGGGAGCGCCCAUCUCCUGGGAACAGGCCGACCCCUUCGCUUCUCUGCGUAAGGUGGGCCAGGACUCCACAGUGCUGCUCAUCUGCAUCACAGUGUUCCUCUCCUACCUCCCUGAGGCCGGCCAGUACUCCAGCUUCUUCCUCUAUCUCAGACAGGUCAUAGGCUUCUCAUCAGAGACAGUAGCUGCCUUUAUUGCGGUGGUGGGGAUCCUCUCAAUAUUAGCUCAGACGGUGGUGCUGGGGAUCCUGAUGCGCUCCAUAGGGAAUAAGAACACAAUCCUGCUGGGACUCGGCUUCCAGAUUCUCCAGCUGGCCUGGUAUGGCUUCGGCUCCCAGCCCUGGAUGAUGUGGGCAGCUGGAGCUGUAGCAGCCAUGUCCAGCAUCACCUUCCCUGCCAUCAGCGCCAUCGUGUCCCGCAACGCAGACCCCGACCAGCAGGGUGUGGUCCAGGGGAUGAUUACAGGGAUUCGGGGCCUGUGUAACGGUUUGGGCCCGGCACUUUACGGGUUUGUCUUCUACUUGUUCCACGUGGAGCUGACUGACACAGACGGCUCUGAGAAAGGUGCCAAACUCAACAUGGUCAACCCCACUGACGAGAGUGCCAUCAUCCCAGGUCCUCCCUUCCUGUUUGGAGCAUGCUCAGUGUUGCUGUCCCUGCUGGUGGCCCUGUUCAUCCCAGAACACACGGGGCCCGGCAUGAGGCCCGGCGCCUACAAGAAGCACAGCAACGGAGCGCAGAGUCAUUCCCACAGCCCCCAGGGGAGCGGGGCCGAGGGCAAGGAGCCGCUGCUGGAGGACAGCAGUGUAUAACCCCAGCUCAGGGGGGAGGACACGCUCGCUCCGCCUCAACCCCCCACCCCCAGCACAUGGACAGAUACACACGUUUUACCACAUGUACACACUCACACCUCAAGAGUGCCAGGAAGAGGUGUUUGUUUGUGUGUGUGUGUGUGUGUGUGUGUGUGUGUGUGUGUGUGUGUGUGUGUGUGUGUGUGUGUGUGUGCGUGCGUGUGUGUGUGUGUGCGUGUGUGUGUGUGUGUGUGUGUGUGUGUGUGUGUGUGUGUGUCCACAGCACAAAAGUGGGCUGUUCCUCCCUAGCAGCUCUUUUUUUUUUUUUUUUUUUUUUUUUUUUUUUUUUUUUUUUUUUGGUAAGCAGGGUAGCGUGAGGACUUUCUAUGGACCCUGCAGGGACAGUGUGUUGAGUAUUUUUGGGGCUGCUGUGGAGAGGGGUGUGUGUGUGUUUGGGGAGUGACUUUCUGGCUGAGCUGGACUCUAACCCUUGGUUCCUGUAAAGCAACAGCAGGGUGGAAUACAGCAGCUUGCCCCCCCCCUGUGCAAAAAAACAAAAAAGAAGCCCUGCAAGCACACACACAAAGUGAUUUGGUUGAGAGUGUGAGUGGGUUGUAUCUUAAUUGUUACUAAAUCCCUGUGUGGUUCUUCUUACUCCUCUGUAGCCAGUUCAGUGGCGAUUUUGUCCUUUUUGUCCAACGAGAGUGUAACAAACAGUCGAGCACUUGUCUAAUGGUCAUUCACGAGCUAACUUCUGUUUCUGAUGCUUUUCGUUGUGACUCGAGGCUCGGCUUCAGCAUCCAAGAAGGGAAACACAGGUCUUCCUCUGUCGGUUCAACAGGGGAACGCAGCCACUGUAAACCCAGGAGACAAGUCUAAUCUAGAUUGGGAUGGGUUAGCCAGUGCAGGUAUAAAAAUAACCUUUUUUAUUGGAGGGACUUUGGUCUACUUGAACAAUUCUAAAGACCACACUUUUGUUGAAUAUCCCACUUCCCACAGAGAGAAGUGCGCAAGAGAGACCACUUUAUUAGCCGCGACCGUUUUCAAUGUUUACUUGCCAUUCUUCUAGAUUAGCAGUACUGUUUGGGUUGUAUAUUUCCCUCUGUUCUGACUGAAGGCUAGUUGUGCUUCAAGUUUUUAAUUCAGAAAAACAAAUGUUGCCUUGAAGUGACUUAAGAUAUAUAUAUACAUAUAUAUAUAUAUAUAUAGAUAGAUACAUACAUAUAUGUAUAUGUAUAUAUAUAUAAAUAUAAAUUACGUAACCUGUAUGAAGACCAAGGUCUGAGAAGGCUCUGUAAUCUUCUGCUAUCGCUCCCAUCGGAGCUGUGUGAUACACAUUUUAUUCCCCUUCACCUCAUAUGUUCUGGUUUUCCUGCCUUUUUUGUUUUGUUUUGUUUUUUUUUUCUUCCUUAAAAUAUAUAUCACCACCAGGGUUGAAACAAAGGCUUACAGAACCAUAGAUGCGAUUUUUCCAGCCUCUGGAACACUUGGAGUUGCACUGACAGUGUUCAUAAGGUGUCUUUGGAAUAAUAUCCUUAGGUUCAGUAGAGUAUCACUUGUGCUGCUGCAGUAGAAAGUGAAAAGGUUAAAUGUGAUGUGGUAUGACAGAGGACCUUAAGAGUAUAAAUGGUUAAGAAAACAAUCCCUUGACAUUAAAUCUUCCAUACAUAAUGGUUAUUAACGGGCACUGGGCAUUUCUGACAUGAUCUCCAACAAAGAUGGCAGAAAAUUUUUCACAUACUGUUGUAAUUUUCAGCAAUUGAUUUUUUUUUUUUUUUUUAAUGGCUCAAGUGCAUUGAAAUAACCAAAUCACAACCUGAUAUGGAUUAGCUAACAAUGCAUUCAACAUUUAUCUCAACUGAAAUGUACUUUUCAUUCAUAUUUUGUGCCAAAAUUAUUAGUAUUCUUUUGGUUUUCUUUUUUGUACUUCUGUGUGUAUGUGUGUGUGUUUAUGUGGUUUGUGCGUACAUGCUUGAGUGAUUUGGAUAUUUGUUUUCUCUUGUCUUAAUUUCUUUGGCUGAAGAUUUAAGUUUAUAUGCUAUCGUUUUGUUUUGGUUUUUUUUGUUUGUUUGUUUGUUUUAUAGCUUUUUAAAACUUGGAUCUGGUCAUUUUUAGGAAUCUUGUCAAUGUUGUGGCUCAGUGGCAAAUCAUCGAAUGUCUCAGAAUUCAGUCUCAGUCUUCAUUUAACAAGCAUUUCACCUUGGUUACAAACAUUUGAGAAGUGUAUUUCCAUUUUAUCAAGAGGACAUGACAAAAAGUUUGAAUGUUCCAAGCUAAGCUGUACAUGUUGAUAUACAUACCAAGCAAACCCACUGUACCAUACCCUGAAAUCUUUUGACUAUGCCUGCCAUUGCAUUUUAUCAGAGAGAGGGUGUUCCUAGACAAAAGGCCAUCAAUAUUGAUUUGUUCUCUCACUUUCUUUGUUUGAUUUAGCAUGUAAAGGACCAACACGUUGGUAAACCCAUGAUUACAGACCCUGCAUCGAUUGGUAAGAUUCUGCACCAGCCCCAUGUGCACUCGUACAGUUCCCAAACAGAUGACUGUAAAAUGUACAAAAUCACCUGUACGUACAGCAAAUGUAUAUAUGUAUUGCUCAAGGAGACGGCCACUUCCUGGUCUAUUUGGUUGUAUGGUGCAAUUAUAUAUUUCUCAAGACUUACCCGCUAGCCACUCCUGUUUUUAGUUACAAUGUGGUUUGUGGCCUGAGCCCCUCUCUGUGUGCCUAAAAUUAGCCAAGAAAUGAAUAUGGCAACAUGAGUAAGUGGUGGUUAUUAUGUAAAUAUGGGACACUAAUGACAAACUAUUUAUUAAAGGUUUAUUGUACAAUGA